ACACUGACGGCCUUGUUUCCUUCCUGUAACAAUCAAUCCCAGUGUUUCUAAUUGGAGAGAGAGAACCCCCUCCCUCCUCCUCCCCCUCCCCGGGUUAUUGUCACUGACAGUCGGAUUAUUCCCUCACAGUAGCAGCGUGCUUGCCCUCAUCAUCUUCUUUCUCCAUGUACGAUGCGAAAUAAGGAUAUAUAAUUGCUCGAAAAUCAGUUUCCUCUCGGUCUUCACGUCUUCUUCACGGUCUGGUCUAGUGAUGUUACAGCCUCCACAGAACUGAACGUUUAGGCUGACAGGAAUCAGAGAAAGCCCCACACUUCAUACCUUGUGCACCACAGCGCCCCCUGCAGUUUCACCCUGACCCCCCACAGCUCCUGGGCUACAUUGGCAGAAUCAGUGGCUUCUCCCAGCACAGCUCCUGUCGCCUCGGGGCCUCAGACCUUCAUGCGUCUCCCAGCGACAGACUCCACCCACCACACCUCCACCCACCACCACACCACCUCCUCCUCCACCUCCUCUACCUCCACCACCAUGAGCUGUGAGCAGGAAUUUGGGGAUGGAGCCAUGGGAGUGACGCUGACACUCAGGCUACUGAUGCACGGCAAGGAAGUAGGAAGCAUUAUCGGCAAGAAAGGAGAAACUGUAAAGAGAAUACGAGAAGAGAGCAGUGCCAGGAUCAAUAUUUCAGAAGGCUCCUGUCCCGAAAGGAUCAUCACCAUCACAGGACCAACGGACUGUGUGUUCCGGGCCUUUACCAUGAUCGCAUUCAAACUGGAAGAGGACCUGACAGCCCUGGUGGCCAACGGCACAAUGACCAACAAGCCUCCGGUCACUCUGCGGUUAGUCAUCCCAGCCAGUCAGUGUGGAUCACUCAUAGGGAAGGGAGGGUCCAAAAUCAAAGAAAUUAGAGAGACCACCGGGGCACAAGUGCAGGUGGCAGGGGACCUCCUCCCCAACUCCACCGAGAGGGAGGUGACCAUAUCAGGCAACCAGGACGCCAUUAUCCAGUGUGUCAAGCUCAUCUGUACUGUUAUACUAGAGUCUCCGCCAAAGGGAGCCACUAUUCCAUAUCGACCAAGCCCCAUUCCAGGGACCGUGCUUCUGGCCGGAAACCAGGUGUUCGAGGCGUCAGACUUUGGCUCUCACCCGCUGUUCUCAGUGGCACAGGGAGGAGUGGACCUGCAGCAAACAUACGCAUUACAGAGUCACUACGGCAUUCCACACACAGAGUUGGCGAAGCUACACCAGUUGUCCAUGCAGCAGCAGGGUCUGGGCCACAUAAGUCAAGCAGCUACACAGGUUUUGUCAGGAGGAGUGGAAGCCAGUUCUCAGACCACAUCUCAGGAGCUCCUCAUUCCAAACGAUUUGAUUGGCUCCAUCAUUGGUCGCCAGGGUACCAAGAUAAACGAGAUCCGGCAGGUUUCAGGCGCACAGAUCAAGAUCGGCAGUCAGAUGGACAGCACGAGUGACCGUCACGUCACCAUCACUGGAACGCCCAUCGCCAUCAACCUGGCUCAGUACCUCAUCACCUCCUGUUUAGAGACGGCCAAAUCCACGGCCCAGUCCUCCUCCAUGCCGUCUCCCGUUGACCUGACCAUGAGCUUCACCCAGCCCGCCCCCACCGCCUCGUCCUCUCCCUCCCCCCUGGCAGCGAUGGGAGCGACACUGCCCCACGCUCCGAUUCUGGGUGGUCCGUACGCCCUACCCCUGUCAAGCCUCCUCGGGGUCAAAUCCAUCCCUUACCUGGCACUCUCCACCCCUCCCGCCUCUGCAGCAGCAGCAGCCAUCGGGGGUCCGGUGAUGGCGGGCUCGGUACCGGCAGCGGCCACUGCGGCGGCAGCAGCAGCAGUUCCAGUCCAGGCCCACGCCGCGGCAGCUCUGGCCUCCUACACGGCCAAGAUCUCAACCUCGGCUAAUGGCAUGAAGAAACCAGAGAGGCAAAAGUUUGCACCCUACUAAAGACGUGCAAUGGAGAUUUACAUUAUGAUGUAGUCAGUGGACAGGGCAGAGCUGUUCUACCCAUUCACUGAAAUAGUUACCUUUUCCCCCUACGUAUUGCAUGCAUUGUUCAAAUCAUAUCAAAUUUAUGGAAACUGGAAAUUAUAGUCUCUAUUUAUCCUAGCAUAACAGAAUCAAUAGCUCAAGAUAAUAUAGACCCAAGGCACUGUCAACAUUUUACAGCCUUCUUUGCGCAUGUACUGUAUGUGAUGUAGGUUCUAAUUGUUGGACACUAUAAUUAAUUAAAAGUAAGACCUUGAUUUUAAAAUAAUUAUGCUUAAAUUGAUGUCCCAUGUAGUCCAUGUAUCCAUGUAGUAUUAGACUAUGUAUUAAUAGGCUAUAGUAUAUGUUCAUAUUUCAGUCUGUUUUUCAUAAUUCUUUAUAGCUGAAACCAGACCAAACUUUGUUGCACUGCCAGACCUUUAGCACUGAGCUACUAUAGCUAUUUAAGUGCAAAUGACAAUCUUCAAUUUGUAUAUUUAAUGCUAGUUCCUAUUGGUUGUUUUAAUCGAAUUAUUUUAGCAUUGCUCAUUGUCACCUAAAUGAACUCAGGGUGGACAAAUACGUGUAAUUUAACAUUAUAAUGGCCAUAGGAUAAAGUAUUAUACAGUUUAUAUAUUCAAGCAUGCAUCUUUAUUUUUCAAUUACUAUUUUUAUGUGGCAGUUGCUGUAAAUCUGAAAUGGCAAACUCAGGACACAAAAUUGAUUUUUGUUUGAUUUGUUUCCCAGGAUAAAAACUCACAUACAGUAUAUACAUAUAAAAGUGGUUACACUGUUUCCCAACAAUCCCAGAUGGCCUUUUCUUGUCAUUCCUGUCGAGUGUGAAGCUCUGCCCUGUUGACUGACUGCACUGGUGAAAUGUAGCCUCGCUUUGAUAUUAAAGGUUGUUUGGGCCACAAAGCCUAUAAAAGCCAUAGAGACUUUGAGCUUUCUCUGUCUACUCCCUACUUCUAACUGUUGUACUCUCUUAUUUAUUAACUAAUAUUCCCUCAGAGUUGCUAUCGCUGGUCACUAACACUGAGCUGAAGCGCAGCCUUUGUAUGACAUGAUCUACUUGUACAUGACUACACACUUGUGCUGUUUUAGGAUUUUCUGUUUUAGGGUAUGUGUUUUAUAAAGUUUACAACAAAUUUUAAAUAUGUUUUUGCUCUUUUGUCACUCUUUUUGUGUUAUGUUCACAGAUUAUUUGAAUUGUAUUUUUAAGUUAUUUUUUAACUUAUUAAGUAUUACAUUGACACGUGUUUUCAAAAUAAUGUUUGUUUUAUGGAAAAUACACUGUAGCUCCUAUUAUGUUAGCGUAAGCUAACUUAUCCUGAAUCGUUUUCUUUAUUAAGCGAGGACGUGCUGUGACAUAUGUGUGUUUCCACAGAGCUAGAAUGAAGGAAAAUCACAUUUGAAUGAUAACAGCAAAUGUAAGAACAAAACAUUUCUUUAGUUAUUAAAAUAUGGAAGAAGAGAUUGGAAGAGUCCAGUAGAAAUCUACAAUGGCUGCAAUCCACAGGCUUCAGUGUUGUAUCAGUUUCAGAUGGUGUUCCUUGUUGUAGCUCUCUGGAUCAGACACAUGUAGUAGCAAGGAACAAGUGAAGUUGUGUUAUUUUUAACAAAACUGACAUUCUGUGUUGUGCCAGGGACUAAUGCUGCAUGUUUGCUUGGCCUCACUAACACAUUCACAUGUAUAUACACAUAUGAUAUGAACUUGAACUAUACUGGCCCACAGUUAAAAGGGGAUUUACACAAACACCACCCAACGCAUAGGCCUUGGUUGUGCACUGACUGCCUUUCACGGACAUUGUGAACCUAAGCAAUACAAAAACAGGGCCAAUUGAGUAGCUACACGGAUAUCUUUUCAACAAAUGCUCAAUACAUAACAUGAAUGGGGUGUUAAUGCUUAGAUUUAUCUGGUAUUGUUCUGUUUUCAAAAAUAAUGUGGUAUAUUAACAAGCUCACUUAUUUUUAUAAAGUCGGAUAACCUUGUUAACUGAAUUGAACUGUGGAUACAAUGCUUCUGAACAUGUGUCUCUCCAUCACGUGUAGUCACCUUUUGUGUUUAUUUGUCUGUGUGUCCUUCAUCCAUUUGCAUGAGUUUGACUUGAAUUGAUGUCUAUGCAAAAACAUCUCUGAGUGGUUAAGCGCAGUGGUGUGUGUAUGUUUUAUGUGCUGCAGCUGGAACCAGAAUGGCUAUUACAAACUAUGGGUCUGACUCACAACUUCUCCUGCCUGAUGAUUUCAUUCAGUUUCCUUCUGUGCAUUUUCCUGUAAUGUUGGGCCUAAGAUUAAAGUGAAAGCCAUGCCACUAGGAAUGUGACACUUUCCAAAUUUCAUGGUAUGAUAUUAUUUAGAUAUUAGUACCAUAUUUAUUGCAAUAUUUAAGGGGAGACUAACAGAAUUUUGCAUACUUUCUCAUUUUAAAAUGCCUUGACAAAAUGUUGGUGUGUGAAUCAUUACUGUCAAAAGCAAAAUAAUUAAGAUCUGAAAGUGCAUAAAGGAGCAUUGUGUAACUUUUCUGGCAGAGGAUACACCACCUGCUAGCUUUUAAUUUAACGAUCUCUAUGGAGACAAGCACCCAAGUUACAGGUCAUUUAUGUGGAAAAGUGGGCCCGCUCACUGCAAGAUUGCAUUUGUGGGGUACUUGUAAGAAAUUAAAAUUCCUAUAACCAAAUAAAUGCAAGAUAUGUUUGAUUAACGCCAAACUGAACAUCCUAGGCAAAAGAAUAACAUCACGAUGGAGACAAGCUGCAGAGAAAAGAAUGUGCACCUUUAAUAAUAGUUAUUGUUAAGUGUUCUGCAGUGAAAUGACAUAUGUAGUUCCCUCAAGCAUCAAUAUACAUUUCAAACUGUUAAUAUAAACACUGACUAUUAAUUAUUGAAGGCAAGACAAUAAAUUCCAAACGUGUUUUAUUUGAAGGAGGCAUAUAUAGCUGUAAUACAAAAUUAAUUAACCAUGUUUUAUACAAGACCAUUUUAACCCUGGGUCUUGGUGUACGAACUAAUGCAUUCAGGAGUUUUCCUUAACAACACCGAACAAACACUGUGUCUGAGAAAAAUUAUGCAUGGCUGGGGCAUUACAUGUUGUGCAGACGUUGCUUUUAAUAGUGCUCACCAUAUGUUCGGACUCCAAAACAAAAGACAAACUGUACUGUGGUGGACCAGUGUUGCGAUUCAGACCCAUAGUCAAUGAGUCCAUGCAAGCAGUGGCACUAUAAAACGCUAAUAAAUAAAAUAAAUGAUUCAUAUAAUCUCAUUUAAAUUAUAAUCUUAGUUUGUGUGGUAAACAGAUUAGAUACAUCUCACUCGUCACACAUCUUCACAAAGGACUGACUUAUCAUGAUUACAUUGCUCUUGAAACAUGAGACACUCAUUUUGGUGUUCUUGAGCAUCUUUCCAUCAAAGAAGGACAUCUCAGAGAAGGAGAGGUGGACUGCUACUUGUAUAUCAGCCCGAGUUGUUUGUGAACAUGUUUCGUUUUUGUCCAUGCCAUAUUCUACUAAA